UGAAACCUUUUAUUUCCGAAGAGCUCUCCAGUGUGAAGGAUGGUUUUGUGUUUAGUUGGUACCAGUUUACAUCCCUAUCAUUCAUGUAUACCUUGUAUACGCAAAGCGCCUUGCCAAACAACGGGAUUAUAAAAUACACCUCACAUCAUAAAGUACUCAUUCAUGUGAUCACGACUGUUUGCGUAAGUACUAAAGAUUGCAACAAGUUCGUCUCAGGAGUUGGGUCACAUUCACAAAACUGAAAAGAACGGAACUGUUUGAGACUCGUUGAGACAGAACGAAAAUUCUAGAUAUGGUGUUCUCAAGGGUGUUGUCGAUGACCACUUUUGGAAGAGACUGAUCUAUUUUUCAAAGGCAUCAUUGUUAACCUUCUUUUCGAGCUGAGGAACACACAACAAAUGUUGGUUGAAAUUAAUGAGAUGAAUGAAAUUAAUUUCCAUCGGAAUGCUGAUAACAUCCGGAGCUGCAUCUCGACGUCUCGCAAUUCAGAGUCCCUGAACAACUUGAAAGGUCUCACGGCAAAUACGCGGAAAUCUAUCUAGCCUCGCAGCGGACUUUACACGGAUCAUUCCUUCAUGGUUCGCAUGCAUAGUGGUAACAUGUCUUUGAUUGUUCCGGAUGAUCAUUAAUCAAACUGAUUCACCUGAGAGCAACAACUAUAACCUUGAAAUAUCUCAAAGAGUCUAGCAGAUACAUGUAGUUUCGAGGAUGUGGUAUUAGGAGAUAGGACGACUUAACAUGACGAGUUCAUCUGAGCCUCCUCCUAUUAAGUGCAGCGACUGUAGUGAGGUGUGAUUAUCUUGUAGGGAUUUCCAGAGAAAUUUGUCGCCGACUGCCUUCUGGGGAAUUACAUAUUUGUUAGGAUUAUGUUAUUUGGUUUUAAUACCUGUAUUAACAGGAGCUCUGAGUCAUUGGAAAUUAUGUUUUUACAUCAAAACAACCGAAGUGUGACAAGCUGCGUUUGGGACACACAUCUGCAAGGAACCAAUACAAUUUGGAUGUCAUAAAUUUUUCAAUUAACUCAGCAUUUCUAUCACCUCAAGAGUGGUACUCAGGUAAUCAUAAACUGGAACCUUCUUCUCGUUAAUCUUUUGUUGGAAUCUUAAAAGGAAAUACGGAUCCCAACUAUGCCGACUGUCACUUUCAUGAAAGGUGCCGAAAACAGCGAAUAGCACAACUACAGCCGUCUUAUUUUUCGAAAUACAGAAUAAUUUCGCCAUCGUCUUGAAAGCGCUCUGCGACUUCAUCCUAUCCUUUGGAUUUAUAAGUGGUAUCCCAUCAAACCUUUACCGAUGAUUGUUUAAAAGAACGCACAAGAACGUUAUUCUUGACUUGAAAUCGUCUUCCAUUGGGGCCAGCAAAUUUUCCACCAUGAGUGCUCCACAGAUCCUAAUCAACGGGUCCCUAGCCCAGCCCGAGACCAUGCACCCGAAACUCUUAAUAACCCGGGACCUCGGCACGAUCGAAGAGGACGAGGAGGUCGCUGGCCUGAGCGAACUCAAGAAGAUGACGACGCGAUUACGCCUGUCGACCAGGAGACCGUCGAUCAUGCAAUGGAGGGAGAAUCUAUCGAACUUUCAACAGAACAUGGCCUUGGUAAGGCACUCUGGACUUGAUAGCGAUGAAAGCGAUGAGGGAUGCGAUGACGACGUCGAUGGGAAAUCGGACGACAGUGAGAUUCUGACAGACGAUCAAGAGAGGAGAAAAAAAGUCGAUGAUGCCAUUGCCUGGAUAAGGCAGGAAUUGAUCGCAAUGAAGUCCCAAGAUCACCAACUCGCCAUGCAACUCAUGAAGCUCCGCGGAGAGAUCCAGGCGCUCAAACUCGAGAAAACCAAUGACGAGCACCGAGAAUUAAUAGAGGGCGCCCGCUACAGCAUAGUGGAGGAGAGUGCCGAGCUGAAGAGCGCGCUCUUUGAUUUGCCAAUGAACAAUAACUUCUAUCCAAUCGCGGCUGGGGAGGAUCCGUUGAAAGGCAUGGGGGUGACGAGGAUGAAUUUAAACAGUCGGAGAUUCUCGUUACGAUAGCCGAGUUUGUGAUUGGCUAAUCCGGAGGUGUGCUUGGUCAUGUGACUUUAAACAAUUGCAAUAAUAUUGACCAAGCUGCACCGACUGCUUGCCUGCCGUGAAUGAUAUUCAGAUUUCAGAAGCUUGUGAAAAUGGAACAAUGACGAAACAUGAUGGUUGAAUAAAGUCUUCUUCUCAAUGCGAUUGAUAGUAAAGUAGGCCUACUUGCUUUCCCUUGAAUUAGUUAUUUUCAAAUAAGAAGGAACGAGGAAAUGAUCGUUAAUUUUAUGUCAUGUUUGUGAACUUUUUUGAAAUUCAAUCUUUUACCAAAGGAAGAGAUUUUUCUAAAGAUGUUAACGGUUAAAAGAACAGUAAUAUUCAUCUAUGGGGAAAAUUCCAUUUGUCUAAUUUUGUUUCUCGAAAGCUACCUUUCCAGCAUAUCUUUCACAAUAAAUAUUUUGUUAAUGUAAACCUUACUUUAUCUUUCUUAGUUUUUAGAUAAAGUAAUAAUACAAUAAUGGGGCUCUACUUGCUACUACCAUCCACUAACAGGGUGUAAAUUUAUUUUUUUUAAUGAUAGACUUGUCUUGUUCAUGACCUAAAACACAUUGAAGCGAGAGAGUAAAGUGAUCAAGAUGGAUUUUUAUUAUAUUUAAAACAAAUUAAAAUGAAAUGAUCAGGUGUAUCAAUUUUGGAGGGUUAUUUGUCAAUAUUUACGAAGAGAGGGAGGGGUGAAAAUAAUUAUGUGGGAGCAAUUUCUACCAACACUUCCCCCCCCCCCCUCUCUCUCCCUGCGUAGGGUCGUGACUUGUUUAUUAUUAGAUAAACCUAAUUCCAUCGAGCAUAAUAAUGAAUGUAAUUGCGAAUACAAGAUGAUCUUUAAUAUAAGUUGCAUAAUUAUUGUUGAAUUAGCAUCUGUAUGAAAUUUCAGGUUUUAUAUUUGUGAUUGAGCUUCCGAAUACAAUGAAAAAAAUGAAUCCAGUUCUUAUUUAAACAAAUUUUUAUGAAUGUUUAGAUUGGGUUAUCGCAUAUCUAAUAAUUAACAUAGUUUAUAAAUAAAUAAACCUAUAUUGUAAUAUGAUUGCAAUAGGCAAAUAUUUCGAUUAUUUGGGAUCUACCUCUUUGUAAUAUUUGAUCGACUGUAGGGGUUUUUCCCCCAGAUAAUAUGUGUAUGGAGUGGUGUAAAACCAAUUCGGUUUCAAAGUAUUUAUCACGGUCUUCAUGGACAUAAAAUGUAUAGACGUUAAUCCAUUUAUGUCAAAGUGGAUUACUGAGUUUAACUCACAAGACAUUACGACGAUUUAUAUUUUCUUUGUAUGUAAAUAAAAAUAACAAGAAGAUUUCGUUUUAUGUCUGGUUCAUAAAAUAAGUUAUUUUUGCAUUUUAUCAUACUAAUAUCACGGUAACUUUCAAUUUCCCUUCUUCAAAACUACAGUGCGUAUAAAAAAAAGUGACAGAUUUUUUUUUUCAAAUUAUGAUGUCUAUAUUUUGGUGUUAAUAGG